AUGGAUGGCUAUUACAUUGGUGUUGAUGUUGGUACAGGUUCGGUAAGAGCUUGUCUUGUUCAUGAUCAUCUUAUUUUAACUCAACAUGAAUUGGAGAUUCCAAGAGAGGAAUUGAAGCCUGGUUAUAUAACACAAUCGUCGACCAGUAUUUGGAAUUCUGUUUGCCAGUGUGUCAGGAACACUAUUACAGAAUCAAAUAUAGAUCCUAAGGAUAUCUUGGGCAUAGGAUUUGAUGCAACAUGUUCAUUAGUAGUCGUUGAUAAAGACACUGGUUUACCACUAGCUGUGGGUCCUGAUUUUUCAGACAACGAUCAAAAUAUAAUUAUGUGGAUGGACCAUAGAGCUAGAAAGGAGACCGACUUCAUUAAUUCUACUCAGGAUAAAUGUUUGAAAUAUGUUGGAGGUAAAAUGUCUGUGGAGAUGGAACUGCCAAAGAUUAAGUGGUUAAAGGCAUUCAGAUCUAUUAAAAAUGCAAAAUUUUUUGAUUUACCUGAUUAUUUAACCUAUAAAGCCACAGGAAAAGAAACAAGGUCCCUAUGUUCUGCUGUAUGUAAACAAGGUAUGCUUCCUUCUGGAUCAGACGGUUCCGUUGAUGGUUGGUCUACAGAUUUCUUGGAGAAAAUUGGUUUGAAUGAGUUGAUUGAGGACAACUUUUUUAGUCUUGGUGGUUCUUUAAAGAAGAAGGAUUCUUUUCUUUCUGCAGGUCAACCAGUGGGAUGUUUGUCUAAAGUUGUCGCCGAUGAUAUGGGUUUAACUGAGUCAUGCAUCGUCAGUUCAGGUAUAAUUGAUGCCUAUGCUGGUUGGAUUGGUACUGUAGCAUCAAUUCCAUUGAAUUUUAAAAAAAAUAGUGAUAUCAAGAGGACAGAGAGAUUGGCUAUGGUAGCAGGUACCUCUACCUGCCAUAUUAUUAUGGCUGAUAGACAAAUAAUGGUUCCUGGUGUAUGGGGACCAUAUAAAGACAUAUUAUUGCCUGAUUUUUGGGUAACCGAGGGUGGACAGAGUUGUACAGGUGCUUUAUUAAAUCAUAUCUUAACUACUCACCCCUCAUAUAAGGAAUUAAUUGAUGCAUGUCAAAAAUCAAACCAAAAUCCGUAUGAUUACCUUAAUAAUACUUUAAUUAAAUUAUUAAAAGAGAAAUCUUGCAAAUCUGUUAGUGAUUUGACUAGUGAUUUAUUUAUGUACGGUGAUUUGCAUGGAAAUAGAUCACCUUUAGCAGACAUGGAAAUGAGGGCCGUUAUCAUCGGACAAACGUUAGAUACAUCGAUAGAAUCCCUUUCAUUGUUAUAUUUAGCAGCUUGUGAAUUUAUCGCAUUACAAACUAGACAUAUUAUUGAGACAAUGAUUAAUUCAGGCCAUUGUAUUAAAGCAAUUUAUAUAUCAGGAAGUCAAGUAAAUAAUGAUAUGUUAAUUAGAUUAAUGAUGGAGAGUACUGGAUUGGACAUCAUAAUCCCAGAACAUAAGACAAUUAACAAAUCUUCGUCAACUAAUUCUGCAGUAGCUUAUGGCUCAGCUAUCUUAGGUAUGUGUGCUUAUAAGAUAUUUAGUUCAAAUCGAAAGGAUGUUGAUAAGCAUAUUUUGUGGGAUGUUAUGACUAAAGCUACACCAGCGGGAAAAAUUUAUUCUGUAGAGAAACUCUCCAAUGAUUAUGAAAAGGGGCUAUUAAAUGUAAAAUACAACAUAUAUCUAGAUAUGAUUAAAACUCAAAGAAAAUAUAGGGACCUAGUUAAAAAAUAUCAAAUGAGUAAUUAA